UGGUGUUGUAGUAUGUACCAGUGAGGCGCAGUAAAAUCUGGCGGAGAAAGUGAUGGUCAUUGUAAUAGUUAAGUUUGGAUAUACAAUAUAUUUCUCAGUUCUGGUAAUUCUGGUUUGAACAGAUUUCAAUUUUAAUUACCUUUCAGCUAGUUUUAAAUUAUCAAAAUCUAUCAUACCCAGUAGAUCUGGUGGAGAAAGUGAGCAAUGGCGAUUGGGGCAGUGUGGGUUGUGGCUGUAAUACUUUUAGCACCGCUUUGCGCAGGAGAAAUUAGGGUUUCGAAGGUUCGAAUGGAUUCUUCGCAAACGAUCGUGUUGGAUAACUUCGGAUUCACACAGAGAGGGCACUUAGAAAUGACAAUGAGGGAUGCAUCAUACAAGGGCCCAAAAGAACUCGAUCCCUCUCGAAUGGGUUUCUUCCUCAGCACGCUAGAUGAUUUGUCCAAAGUCCUCUAUGGCAUCACCUGCGCCCUAGACACUACGCUCGUCAAACCCCUUUUCACUUUCAAUAAUCUCCAAAACAACACUGUCAACAUUAGCUAUCAAGAUUUCGAUGCCAAUCAGUACACCAUUGCCUUUGCCAAUUGCAAUCGGGAAACCUACGUUUCCAUGGACGUGACAACUGCUGCGUAUAAUUUAGAGGGUGGUGGGAAUGGGACUAAAGAUUAUCUUUCAGUUGGUGAAACAGAGCUGCCCAAGCUUUAUUUUUGCAUGUAUCUGAUAUACUUGGUUUUAUCUGGGAUUUGGAUCUCUGUCGUGGUGAAACGACGUGCUACUGCCUACAGGAUCCAUGUUUUAAUGAUUGCACUGGUCUGCCUCAAAGCCCUAAGUUUAAUCUGUGAAGGAGAGGAAAAGUCUUCUAUCAGCAGAACCGGGACUGCCCCUGCAUGGAAUGUGUCGGUUUAUAUCUUGAGCUCGCUGGAGGGAAUCAUGUUUUUUACUGUAAUUUUCCUGAUUGGCACGGGCUGGUCGUUUUUGAAACCCUAUUUUGAGGGGAAUGAUAAAAGGUUUUUGAUGGGUGUGAUUACCUUGCAAGUUAUUGCUAACACCAUCGCUUUUGGGAUCGAUCAGAGUCUGCCUUGGUCGGAAAAUUGGGAUUUUGGGAAGGUGAUGUUUUGGUUUGUGGACGUGAUCUGCUGCAUGGUUGUUCUCUGCCCGAUUCUUUCUUAUAACAUGAAUUUGGAUGCGGCUUCUCACAUAGAUGCUAAGGCUAAGCUCGAUCUGAAGCUGUAUAUUAUUGGACUGUUCGGUUAUCUCUUUUUAACCAGAGCUGUGCUGUAUCUCCCGGCUUUCUUUAUUUCUUACCAGGAUGCCUGGACGAAUAUAUUGAUUGGAGAAUUGGUAACACUUUGGUUUUAUGUGUUUACCGGUUACAAGCUCCAGCCUGUGGAAAAUAGUCCCUGUUCUGAAGACGAGGAGCCGGCAUUGAAGAUGGAUGGUGACAUUGAGUUGUAAGAUGGUCAUUUUUUUAACGAUCCUUUUACAGAUCUGGAUGAAGAUAUUGUAGAGGGUUUAACAAUGAUGGGUUAAGCUGCUACAAGUUUCUGUUUUGUUUAUGGAUCAUUAUGUACUGGGAUUUUUCUUUUUUGCUUUCUACUUUUCUGUAUAUGGUAGAGAUAGAUUUCUGUAUUUGAAAGUAGAGGCCAAAGAGGUGGAAUGUGGCCUAUAAAAUUGUGGUGAUGUUCUCCGAAUUUAGAUAGUUAAUAUUUAUUAAUUUAAA